AUGUCAAUGCUUGGGGUUUGCCACCCUGCAGACGGCCAGACAGUCAUGCCCAACAUGGCUGACCAACUGAACUCCACUAACAACUCGAUGCACAUGCCUAUGUCGUUUGGAAGAAUUCACCCGACGGCAAGGAACCCAUUGUCACCGCCUUCCCAAAAGCCAAACUUGUCUACCGCACGCUCCAUCAUGCCAAACCCAAGUCAUCUCCUGUCUCCUCCUGGACCUGCUCCCUUGGACGACAUGAACUCGGACAUGAACAUCACCGCGCAGAACAGCAAGGGUUUUGAAAUGCAGCGCCCAAACCCACCUCCUUCCCCGCCUGUGUCGCCUCCUUCGUCGCCGCUUUCGAAGUCGACCGCGUCCGUGAUGCACCGCAGCGUCGGACCAAGCGAUCUGAUUUUGUAUGAGACUGCCGAAAGGGCCAGCGCUGCCCCCUUGCCGCUCUUUCCACCGGCCCCCAGGACAGCUGGAUCAGUGGAGGAUGACUUGAUGAACAAACACAUUGCGGCGAGACCUCCCAGUCUAUUCGAGAGCGUCUCGCCUCCUAAACGGGAGGACUAUCAGCUGGUGAUCUACUUCAAGUCUGAGGUCUACAAAAGGUUCAGCCAAAAUCCAAGGAAGUGGAUGGAGCAGGAAAGGAGGUUGCGGCAGGCCGAUCGUGAGAGCGCGAGAAGUGUGGCGAGGGCGCGGCUUCCGACCAUCCUUCCGGCUUCCAACCCUACGCCACCUCGGAUACACGUUCCCAGGGCACCUGUGGCUCGUGUGCAGAAACCAAGAUCCCCCAAGGUCAAGGCACAAGCCCCUAGGCCUAUCCGAGCAACUCCCGCGCCAACUCGUCCGCCGACAACGGGUCACGUCCACGCCACCCCGGAGCCUCGCAUGCGAAACGCGGCGCCAAAUCGUGAGGACAAGGAUUUUGAGGCAUUGGAAGAUCUUUCACCGCCACUCGACUCGCUCCCGCAAGGGAGGCCAAAUAGUCUAAAGGUGGAAUGGAAGGGGAAUGCUCUGGAUCUCAGCAACGACCCACAUCGUCACUUGCUUCACUCUGACGAACUCAUCCUGGCAAGCAACCUUCGGCUGGACUGCGCUACAUAUCUCACGAGCAAGAGACGUAUAUUUUUGCGCAGGCGCGAAUGUGCCUUGAUUGGCAAGGAAUUUCGCAAGACUGACGCACAACAGGCCUGCAAGAUCGAUGUCAACAAGGCCUCGAAGCUUUGGCAGGCAUACGAUAAAGUUGGAUGGCUCAACAUUGAGUGGACCACGGCUCGUCCCUAG